UGUACAUAGAGGAUGGUGCUCAGGUGCAGCCGGCUCUGGGAACCAGUGAAUCAGGCAGCAGGACCAGUUCAUUCACCCAGACACCAGAGCUCUCUGCUGGGGUAGAAGCUGCAGCUUGAGCCCCUUUCUUUGGACCUCCAACCCUGGAGCGCUUUCUGUAACUGUGCUUUUUUAUACAUUAUUCUCAAUCAGGAGGACAAUUUCGACUUACUGUGGAGGAUAUAAAUAAAAUGUUUUUGUAUUUGCUGUAAGUGGCACUUUGUUUUUGCACUUUGAGCUGCUGAGAAGUGGCUGGAGACUGAGGAGCAUGUCCUGCCUCUGCCCUGCCCCAAACUGGACCUCUGCACGCUGCUGAGGGAGAUACUGAACAAAAGAAAAGAGGGGAAAACUCAUAACGAGCAGAGGGAAAACCCCUAACCUCUCUUACAUACAUCUGCGAGGGCUCCUCCGUCGAGGAUACAGGAGAAGAAAUAAUUAUAGGAGCCGAGAAGAAAAAUAAGAGGCUAUAAAGAGGAGACUUCCAUUCAUCCCUCCUUCUUCUUGUUUCCCACCUGUGAGGAUUAAUUGGACUGGAGCAGCAUGGCGCAUGCCGCCUCGCAGCUGAAGAAAAAGGCGGAUGAGAACCUCCAAGCUGUAGAGGAUGAGAAGGAGAAGAAGAAGGCGGCGAGGAAGCGUUCCCGCGAAGCCAAGAAAAAGACGGAUAUAAAUGCUUGUUAUCUGCGAUCAGCUCGGGCCGGGAACUUAGAGAAAGCUUUGGACUACCUGAAGAAUGGAGUCGACAUCAAUAUCUGCAACCAGAACGGUCUGAAUGCUCUCCAUCUGGCUUCCAAGGAGGGCCAUGUGGAGGUGGUGGCUGAGCUCAUCAAGCAGGGCGCCAACGUGGACGCAGCAACUAAGCAGAAAGGGAACACAGCGCUCCACAUCGCCUCCCUCGCCGGGCAGACCGACGUGGUGAAGGUCCUCGUCACACACAACGCCAACGUCAACGCACAGUCUCAGAAUGGCUUCACUCCGCUGUACAUGGCCGCACAGGAGAACCACAUGGAUGUGGUGCAGUUCUUGUUGGACCACGGCUCCAGUCAGAGCAUCGCCACCGAGGACGGCUUCACACCGCUGGCGGUGGCGCUGCAGCAGGGCCAUGACCAGGUGGUGUCGCUGCUGCUGGAGAACGACACCAAGGGGAAGGUCCGCCUCCCGGCGCUGCACAUCGCCGCACGCAAAGACGACACCAAGGCCGCCGCACUGCUGCUGCAGAACGACCACAACGCAGACGUGGAGUCCAAGAUGAUGGUGAAUAGAACAACAGAGAGCGGUUUCACUCCUCUGCACAUCGCGGCUCACUACGGGAACAUCAACGUGGCAACACUGCUGCUGAACAGAGGGGCGGCUGUUGACUUCAAGGCGAGGAAUGACAUCACACCGCUGCACGUAGCAUCCAAACGUGGGAACAGCAACAUGGUGCGGCUGCUGCUGGAGAGAGGGGCCAAGAUAGACGCACGGACCAAGGACGGUCUCACUCCGCUGCACUGUGGAGCUCGGAGCGGUCACGAGCAGGUGGUGGAGAUGCUGCUGAACAGAGGAGCGCCCAUACUCUCCAAGACAAAGAACGGUCUGUCUCCGCUCCACAUGGCGACGCAGGGCGACCACCUGAACUGCGUCCAGCUGCUGCUGCACCACGAGGUCCCCGUGGACGACGUGACCAACGACUACCUGACGGCGCUGCACGUGGCCGCUCACUGCGGCCACUACAAGGUGGCCAAGGUCAUCGUGGACAAAAAGGCCAACCCCAACGCCAAGGCUCUGAAUGGUUUCACUCCUCUGCACAUCGCCUGCAAGAAGAACAGAGUGAAGGUGAUGGAGCUGCUUCUGAAGCAUGGAGCGUCCAUACAGGCCGUCACCGAGUCCGGUCUGACUCCCAUUCAUGUCGCAGCGUUUAUGGGACACGAUAACAUCGUUCACCAGCUGAUCAACCACGGAGCUUCACCCAACACCAGCAACGUGAGGGGCGAGACGGCGCUCCACAUGGCAGCGAGGGCCGGACAGUCAAACGUGGUUCGAUAUCUGAUCCAGAAUGGAGCACGAGUCGAUGCCAAGGCCAAGGAUGAUCAGACUCCGCUGCACAUCUCGAGCCGUCUCGGUAAGCAGGACAUCGUCCACCAGCUGCUGACCAACGGAGCGUUCCCCGACGCCACCACCAGCUCCGGCUACACGCCACUGCACCUCGCCGCCCGGGAGGGACACCGAGACGUGGCGUCAGCGCUGCUGGACCAGGGAGCCAGUCUGGGGAUCAUCACCAAGAAGGGCUUCACUCCGCUGCACGUGGCUGCAAAGUACGGGAAGAUCGAGGUCGCCAACCUGCUGCUGCAGAAGAACGCUCCGGCUGACGCUGCUGGGAAGAGCGGACUAACUCCACUGCAUGUGGCAGCUCACUACGAUAACCAGAAGGUGGCGCUGCUCCUGCUGAACCAGGGAGCGUCUCCACACGCUGCUGCGAAGAAUGGUUACACGCCGCUCCACAUCGCUGCGAAGAAGAACCAGAUGGAGAUCACGACCACGCUGCUGGAGUACGGCGCCUCCACCAACACGGUGACGCGGCAGGGCAUCACGCCGCUGCACCUCGCCGCGCAGGAGGGAAACGUGGACAUUGUGACGCUGCUGCUGGCUCGAGACGCUCCCAUCAACACGGGCAACAAGUCCGGUCUGACUCCGCUCCACCUGGCUGCUCAGGAGGAUAAAGUCAACGUGGCAGAGGUUUUAGUGAACCAGGGAGCCACUGUGGACCCCGAGACCAAGCUGGGAUACACUCCCCUCCACGUGGCCUGUCAUUAUGGAAACGUCAAGAUGGUGAAUUUCCUGCUAAAGAAUCAGGCGAAGGUCAACGCCAAGACCAAGAACGGGUACACACCUCUCCACCAGGCUGCACAGCAGGGACACACACACAUCAUCAACCUGCUGCUGCACCACGGAGCCUCGCCCAACGAGCUCACUGCUAACGGGAACAGCGCUCUGUCCAUCGCCCGGAGGCUCGGCUACAUCUCUGUGGUCGACACGCUCAAAGUGGUCACCGAGGAAACUCUCACCACUCAGACGGUGAUCGAGAAGCACAAGAUGAACGUUCCCGAGACGAUGAACGAGGUGCUGGACAUGUCCGACGACGAAGUCUGUAAAGCCAAUGUCCCCGAAAUGAUCACAGAGGACUAUAUAUCUGAUGUGGAAGAAGGUGAUGAUGCAAUGACGGGGGACACAGACAAAUAUCUGGCCCCCCAGGAUCUGAGGGAGCUCGGGGACGACUCGCUCCCUCAGGAGGGCUACAUGGGCUUCAGCGUGGGAGCACGAUCACAGAGCCUGCGUUCCUUCAGUUCUGAUAGGUCCAACACGCUGAACCGGAGCUCGUUCACGCGGGACAGCAUGAUGAUAGAGGAGAUGCUGGCACCCAACAAAGAGAUGAUGCUCUGCAAGGAAAGGUCUUUCAUUGUAGAGAAACACAAUAAGCAUUUGGCGGUGGCGAAGGACUUUGACAGUGACUCUCUGAGGAGGUACAGUUGGACGGCAGACGCGCUGGAUAAUGUGAACCUCGUCUCCUCGCCGAUACACUCCGGUUUUUCCUCUCCGCUCCCGCAGUACGACAGCAGGUUCCUGGUCAGCUUCAUGGUGGACGCCAGGGGUGGCUCCAUGAGGGGAAGUCGCCACAACGGCAUGCGGAUCAUCAUCCCGCCCAGAAAGUGCACGGCGCCCACCAGGAUCACCUGCCGACUCGUCAAGAGACACAAACUGGCGUCACCUCCUCCGAUGGUGGAGGGAGAAGGCCUGGCCAGCCGGCUGGUUGAAGUCGGGCCUGCAGGAGCUCAGUUCCUCGGGCCUGUGAUAGUGGAGAUCCCUCAUUUUGGCUCGAUGCGGGGCCAGGAGAGAGAGCUGAUACUGUUGCGUAGCGAGAACGGAGAAUCCUGGAAGGAGCAUCUGUACGACUAUAAGAAUGACGACCUCAAUCAGCUCCUCAGUGGGAUGGAUGAAGAACUGGACAGUCCUGAUGAACUGGAGAGGAAGAGAAUCUGCCGCAUCAUUACCAAGGACUUCCCGCAGUACUUUGCUGUCGUGUCUCGAAUCAGGCAGGAGACCAAUCAGAUGGGACCAGAGGGCGGGACUCUGUGCAGCCGGAGUGUUCCAUUGGUUCAGGCUUCCUUCCCUGAGGGAGCGUUAACCAAGAAGAUCAAAGUCGGUCUGCAGGCUCAGCCGGUCCCUGAUGAGACUGUGAAGAAAAUCCUCGGUAACAGAGCGACCUUCAGCCCCAUCGUCACUGUGGAGCCCAGGAGAAGGAAGUUCCACAAGCCCAUCACCAUGACCAUCCCAGUCCCGCCCCUCUCGGGGGAGGGGCUUAGCAACGGCUACAAGGGAGACUGCACGCCAUGUCUCCGCCUGCUCUGCAGCAUCACAGGUGGAACGUCCCCAGCUCAGUGGGAGGACAUCACUGGCACGACUCCUCUCACCUUCGUCAAUGACUGCGUCUCCUUCACUACUAAUGUCUCUGCCAGGUUCUGGUUAGCAGACUGCCACCAGGUCCCGGAGACGGUUGGCUUGGCCAUGCAGCUGUACAGGGAGCUCAUCUGUGUGCCCUACAUGGCCAAGUUUGUGGUGUUUGCUAAGACCAAUGACCCAGUGGAGUCCAGACUGAGGUGCUUCUGUAUGACGGACGACAAGGUGGACAAGACCCUGGAGCAGCAGGAGAACUUUGAGGAGGUGGCCAGGAGCAAAGACAUAGAGGUUCUGGAGGGCAGGCCCAUUCAUGUGGACUGCUAUGGAAACUUGGCUCCUCUGACCAAAGGUGGUCAGCAGUUAGUUCUUAACUUCUACGCCUUCAAGGAGAACCGUUUGCCCUUUUGUGUCAAGGUGAGAGAUCCCAGCCAGGAGCCCUGCGGUCGUCUUACGUUCCUCAAAGAAUGUAAGACCAUAAAAGGCCUUCCUCAGACCGCCGUGUGCAACCUGAACAUCACACUCCCCGCGGUGAAAAAGGAAAUGGAGUCAGAUGCCGAGGACGAGACUGAAAAGCCAGAGCGACGUCAUACCUUUGCAUCCCUAGCCUUACGUAAGCGCUACAGCUAUCUGGCCGAGCCUGCACUGAAAACAGCAGUUGAGCGAAGCACAACAGCAAGAACACUGCCUGCUGGUUACCCUCACAAACCUGUCUUUCCAGCCAGACCUUUCCCACCAUGGUCGACUGCUCCUAUUACCGUCCCUGGCCAAACAAGGCCCGUCGGAGUGGGGGGUUCCCUCACCUCUACCGAUUCACCGCCAGGCUCACCAGCUGCUUCUCCAUUGAAAACUACCUGGCCCCUAUCCUCCCCGUCACCUGCAUGCCACACUACAAUCAAAACCACCCUGGGAGCUCCACCACCACCGCCUGGCCAGUCAUCCCCAGUUAAAUCAGUUAGCGAGUUAUUAUCCUCAUCCCCCAUCAGGACUUAUAGGACUAUGCCUUCACCCAUUAAAACCGUCGUCCAGCUGGGUCAGCACCCUGUCCAGGGCUCUGCCAGCCUCGUGUCCUCUGGAAGCCCAGUUAAGCAUGCGACAGACCCAGCAUCCAUUAAAAGCCUUGCUUCAGUAUACACAUCAAGGACUUCCCCGCUUCACUCAAUGUCCAACGGUUCUGUGUCAGAGAGGUCAUCAGCUUCAAUCACUGCUCCAGCAUCGCCAAAGACACCUUACAACAUGUACAAUUCUAAUCUGCCUUUUAAAACUGCCCUUGCGUCCACGAUUGCAACAGAAGCAGGUGCGAGCAGCCUGUCUCCUGUUAAAAGCAUCUCCAGCCUGUCCUCUUUGAAAACCUCCGCAGAUUCAACACUUUCAUCCAGGGGAGGGAGGCCAACCCUCUCAUCUCUCUCCUCAACUGGGCAGACAACCAUUGCUUCCUCAGAAUUGUCCAUGAUGAACGGAUCAGUGUCUCCUGUUAAAUAUCCAUCCUCCUCCUCCACACCGUCCUCUCCUUCAUCUCGCCAUCUCUCAGAGAGAAGUAGCAGCCUUCAGGAAAGGAUUCAGGCCACCACCCAGGCAGCAACCUCUGGUGUCAGCGCCGCCAUAAAUGAAGCUAUAGACUCAUAUUCUGUGUCGGGCUACGGCACUCUUAGAUCACUGUCCUCCUCACAUAGGUCUGCAGCAGCAAGCUCGGCUUAUGGUUCUCUGAGAACUGCCUCCUCCAGCUCGGCAGUUUCUUCUAACACAGUGACUGUACCUGUGUAUUCGUUGAUCAAUGUCAUUCCAGAGACCCCUGUCAAACCAGGGCCAGGGUCUCUCAAAAUGGCACGGCCUGAUCCUUCUCGUGCCUCGUCCUCCUCAUCUUCCUCUUUGUCUUCCUGUGUUACAACAUCAAAAAUAAAUUCCCAACUGAAAUCCCCUCCGUUUAUCACGCCACCCAUCAUCCACCCAACUGGAACUUCUAACCAGGAGAUACUAAAAGAUGUAGCAGACAUGAAAGAGGAUCUGAUUAGAAUGACCGCUAUCCUACAGACGGACACGCAGACUGCAGCUAAAACAGUCCAAACAUCACUUACUGGCACUCCUAAAGAGACCAAGUUAGAAGAUGAGGAGCCAUUUACUCUAGUGGAGAAGGUGAAAGAAGACUUAGUAAAAGUCAGCGAAAUAUUACAGAAAGAUAUCAAGAGUGAAGCUAGGGCCAUUAAAGGUAAAGAGAGACCCUCAGAGGAUGAAUGGGAGGAAUUUUCCAAAGAUGAGAUUGAGGAGGCACAAAGACUUUCCCUCUCAGAGUAUUACCCUCCUCAUGAAAACAGACUGCUGCUCAAGCCGCAGUCCAUGUCAAGCAAAGACUUGGAAUUGGCUAAAGUAGUAGAUUUUUUAACAAACGACAUUGGCGCUAGCUCUCUCUCCAGAAUGGCAGAGUUAAAAUCUAAGUAUGAAGAUGAGGCAAAAGGGGAAGGGGAAGAGAAACAGAAACGUGUUCUUAAACCAGAGCACAAGCUCAAAAUGCCUCCGCCGGUCUCAGGCAUGCUCAGGUCUCCUUCUGAGAAGGACUUAAGCAAACUUGCUGAAUCGUAUCAGGGGUCAGACACUAUUUUGGAGUCACCCGAGGACCUGUCCCAUGAGCAGGAUAAGAGUCCCCUGUCAGACAGUGGGUUUGAGACCAGGAGUGAAAAGACACCCUCUGCUCCUCAAAGUGCAGAGAGUACAGGGCCUAAGCCUUUAUUCACUGAUUCACCCAUCCCUCCCUGCGUAACUGAGACCAGAACUGAAGUGGUCCACAUUAGGAGCUAUGAGCAGCCUGAUGAUCUUUGCGAGCCUGCACUCAUGGAAGAGGCUGCAACUGCUCUUCCUCCUAUAGAGCCCGAUGCAGCCUCAGCAAGCUCCAUGAAAGCCAUGCAAAUGAAAAUACCAGAAGAGGACUCCAUGAUGAACAAAAGUGUAUGUUUAAAAGAGGAAACUCAUAUUACUACAACUACUAGAAUGGUCUAUCACAAGCCCCAACUACCAGAUGCUGCAGAGAUAAUAGACGAAGGCAUGUCAGUUAGAGAUAUCAUGAAAGCCUUUCAGUCAGGUAGAGACCCAUCUAAAGAACUGGCAGGCCUAUUUGAACACAAAGCUAGUCAGGAUUCUGUCAAAGGUGAUGAAUUGACUCCCAGAUUCCUAGACAGAGACAUUAAAUCCAAACCUAAAGUUGAAAGGAUAAUUGAGGUUCAUAUUGAAAAGGGCCAUAGCACAGCGGAGCCAACCGAGGUUAUUAUUAGGGAGACCAAGAAACACCCAGAGCUUUAUGUUUACAAAGGGGACCAUGGGCUUAGGGAACUUACUGAUUACGAUGAGGCCCAACAGGAAGAGGAGGAGCUUACUGCCGAAGAAUCUCUGCCCUCCUUCCUAGAAACAUCUCGAGUGAACACCCCAGUGUCGCAGGAGGAGGACAGUCGUCCAAACUCUGCCCAACUGAUGGCAGAUGAUUCUUAUAAAGCCCUUAAACUAUUGAGCCAGCACUCCAUAGAAUACUGUGAUGAUGAGUUAUCAGAAAUCAGAGGCGAGUCCUAUAAGUUUGCUGAGAAAAUGCUCCUCUCAGAGAAACUUGAUGCAUCAUUGAUGUCUCACUCUGACACAGAGGAUUCAGCAAUGAUGACUGACAAAAACCGCCACGUAGUUUCUGAGGACACAGGUAGCCAUCGCACUGAGAGUCAGCAGCAUGGAAGCCCCAAAAGAGAGUUUGUUUCCAAGUCAUCGAAAGAUGGUUCACCUAUGUCUGGUAAAUUUGUGCAAAGGGACGAACCAUCUCAGUUUGAUAAGGUAACAGUGCUACAUUACUCCACAGAGCAGGGCAGCCCCAAACAUGCUGUUUGGAUGCGAUUUACAGAGGAUAAGCAUGACAGGAGCAGGGAAAAGCUUCUUUAUGAGGAUAGGGUGGAUCAAACUGUAAAGGAAGCUGAAGAAAAACUCAGUGAGGUAUCACAGUUUUUCCGUGACAAAACAGAGAAGCUCAAUGAUGAGUUGCAGUCCCCAGAGAAAAAGCCUGUAAGGCGAGAGCCAAAGGAGCCCAGGUCCUGGCCUAGCUCAGCCUGCAGUACCCCUGAGAAAACACAGCAGAAACCUAAAGCAGAAGAGGGCUUGAGUAAAAGCAAACUCAAGGAACCUUCUUUUGGUAAAAUGUUUGGCAGUACCACUACAGCUGAAAAGAAAAGUUCUAGCUUACCAAGCACUCCUCAGAAAAGCAUGCUCCCUCAAGUCAGUGAGGAUAAAAUUCGACAACAAACUAAAACCAGUGAAUCUGCACCCUCUUCCCCCUCUCAUGUAAAAUCAACAUCCAAAGUCAGUGCUGUGAGGAUGAAGUUUGAAUCUGAGGCUCAAAAACAAAGUCAGUCUAGUCCAACCAAGAUUCCUCCUCCAGUGCAACCUAAACCUUCAAUAAAGAAAUUACAGGAGAGCAAACUUCCCGUUUAUCAGUUUUUUGCUGGAGGAAAAACAUCGAAAGUAUCUGAAACAUCAGAGGAAGUGAGCCCGAAAAAGGAUGUUGAGAAGGCCACAGACAGCAGUAAAUCUGCUCUGAUAUCACCAUCUAAAACCCCAAAACAUACAGGAGACAAGUCGGCAAACAAAAAUGUCCCAGAUCCCUCGUUGCAAAGACAAGUUGGUAAUACUGAGACUCCCAAAGCAAUUACUAAAGGGAAAGAUAUCCUUUCCACUGUUACUCAGGAAAUUAAGGAAAGCAAUAAAGGUCAAUUAGUCCAGGCACCUGCUGUUCAUGAUACUUCAAGACUACUAGAGAAAGAUAGUGAUGCUAAAAAGAGCCAACAAGUCACAAAAACUGAGCCUGCUUCCAAAGAAGUAAGAGCUGAGGUGCCAAUAAAUGAAACAGAAGAACCGCUGAACAAAAACCUUAGAAAAAAGGCAGAAUCCCAAAUUCCUGUAAGACUGUCUUCUACUUUAGAUAAUGACCUCACAAAGAAACAGACAAUAACUAAACCCUCACAGAUACCUACAUUAGCAAAGAGCAAAAUACAGAUGAGUCUUGAGACAACUCCAGCAAAAACAGAUGAAAAUCUGACUUUUGAAAUCCUAGAUAACGCGCCCAAAGAUUCAAACUCCAAUAACCUUCCCAGCCCCAGAGACACAUUGGAGAACGUUCUAACCCCUCCAGCUGCUAUAACAACCAAAGAGAACUUCAAGGGCAUCAAAACAUUACCUGUUUAUGUCAGUGUUCAGGUGGGAAGGCAGGGAGAGAGGGAGGCCAAAGGGACAGUCUACACAGUCAAACAGAAAUCAAACUCAGCACUCAGUCCCAUAAGCCCCGAUGAUGAUACACUAGAACAGGUCUCUUUUAUAGAUAGCUCAGGGAAAAGCCCCAUUACACCAGACACCCCUAGCUCUGAGGAGGUCAGCUAUGACCUCACGUCCAGGACCCCUGAUGGCUUCAUGGGAUUUAUGCCAGGGAAACCCAGCCCUAUAAUGGAAGUAUCUGAGGAAUCAGAGGAGGAUGACCAAAGUAAAGUUGUUUUCUCUUUUAAAGAAGUCCUACCAGCAAGCAAAACUAGUGUUCAGACCACCCAAGCAGACCUUGCUAAUGCUAAUGAGCAAGAAACAACAACAAACGAUAACCAACAAGAAUUAACUCAUGAGUUCAAGCAAGAAUCAGCCACCAAUGGGAUGCAUGAUGAAAUGACAAAGCAGGAGCAUCAAGAAGUCUCAAAAGAUAAAGGUAUUGCAUACAUUGAGUUUCCUCCCCCUCCACCUUUGGACUCGACUUCAGAAACGUCCGACACAGAAAGGAAAGGUUCCUGUGCCUCUUCGGAGACUGAGACAGAAAUGAUGGAGGUCAACUUACAGGAAGAACAUGACAAGCAUCUGCUGACUGAGCCAAUUAUACGUAUCCAACCCCCCUCCCCAGUGUCCCCGGGAGAAGAUGACAGUCAAUCAAAUGACGAAGAGGCAGCGGAGGAUGACGAGUCAAUCUUUCAACCAAUUCCUUGUAAAAAAUUCACUUUCAAAGUUCCUGAGGAGGAGGAGGAGAAGAGGAAGGAGAAGGAAAAGCAAUCUAAAGCCAAAAAACAUGACAAAAACGGAAACAACAAAGAGCCUAAUGGUGUGAGCAAUGGCUCCAAUGGUUCUAAAGGUUCUAAUGGCAAAGCAGAGGACUAUGACUACGAACAAAAUGGAAAUGACCAGUCAAUUACAGACUGUUCAAUAGCCACAACGGCUGAAUUUUCUCAUGACACAGAUGCGACAGAGAUAGACUCCCUAGAUGGAUAUGAACUUCAGGAUGAGGAUGAUGGCCUGUGUGAGCAGGCAGAUUUGCGGCUGUUUGGUCUUCCAGACAGCCGGAGAGACGUUUGGGCAACGGAAACAUACAGGUCCACUGACCGUUCUUUUCCUCCAACCAAACUGGAAGUUAUUGAAGAGGAGAAAACCCCAGAGGAAUGUCAAAAAGACACUUUCAAAAAAGAUAGCCCCCCAAAUGGUGGAACACAUGAUGGUGUUAGUAAGGAUGGGGUUAAAGGUCAGGAACAAAACAAGUCAGAUAAAGAGGGCUUUUCAGACACUUACUUUAGUUACAAGUUAGAAGAGGAGUUUAAUUCUCCUUUUAAGACUGUUGCCACUAAGGGGCUGGACUUUGACCCCUGGCCCAGUAAAGGUGGAGAAGAAGAAGUCGUUGAUAUGGGAGGGACAAAGGGAAGCAAUGGUGAGCCUAAGCCUUUUGGACUGGCAGUGGACGACCAGUCUCAGGCCACAACACCAGACACUACCCCAGCCCGAACACCAACAGACGAUAGCACGCCGACGAGCGAGCCAAACCCAUUCCCCUUCCAUGAAGGGAAGAUGUUUGAGAUGACACGCAGUGGUGCGAUUGACAUGAGCAAGAGGGACAUGGUGGAGGAGAGGCUCCAGUUUUUUCAGAUUGGUGAGCAUUACUACUCAGCGGGCAGGUACAGGGUCAGGGACUUAGAAGUAGAUUCCUCCUCACAACACGAGGAUCAGUUUGAUAUUCAGGAUCCCACAGAUACCUUAACAGUCCCUCAGGUUUCUAUUCAGACUACUACUGUCCAGCUAGAAAUAUCAAAUGCAACUGGCAGUUACACCACAUGCAGAGACUCUAACACUGAGCUCAAAUUCUCCACUUUUAGAACAGGAUUCAAGUUAUCAUCUGAUAAAACGUCAGAUGCUUCAAAUAGCAGUUCUAAAAGUAGAACAGCAGGUAUCUUUGAUCAAUCUCAUGACAUAACCUCAGGAACAACUGUAGAUAGUUCUUAUUCUGUAACCUCAAACUAUACAGAUUAUUCUAAUUUUGAUACAUCAGGCAUGACAGAUAACUUUUUAAAUAAUAGACCAUCAGGCAUCUCAGAUUAUUAUUCAAAUCACAGAAUUACGUCAGGUACAUCAAACCAUUUAGCCUGGACCUCAGAAAAUCACAAUUACCAAAGCACAGAUUCACCGUCUGCACUUUCGCAAUAUAUUAGCAAUCCCCAAGCAUGGAGCAGCAAUACCCCUGACUCCCACUGUGUCCUCUCGGAUACCAUUCAGGCUGACAGCUUUGUGUUCAACUUGCUGUCCUCUUCAGAACCCACUCUGCAAGAGGUCAGCAGGAUAGAAGCAUCCUUCAGCCAGCUAGAGAAAAACAGCAGGGAAGACGGGGCCUUUUCUAAUGUAGCAAUAACAAACACAGGAUCCAAAGAGGUCAAAGGCAAGAUAUGCAAGUCCAGGUUACCAGUGAGGGCACCCAGCCGCAAACUAUGCAGUCAAAGUCAUCCAGUAUUGAAAGACAAUGUUAAAAAAUUCCUAGUAAGGAAACACGCAGUCCAUAAUGUCAGGGAAAGAUUAGACCCUUUUGAGAAUUUAUAUCCUAAAUCUAGAAUCCCAGUUAUGAAAGCCAUGAAAUACUCAUCCUGUUCCCAGAAGCAAAAGCAGGUUCAAACUAAAUCUGCAGUUUGUGAUAGAGCCAUUAAAACUGCCAGGGGUAAUAAACAACUAUCUAAGGGCAGAUCCAGUACUGAACACAGAUACAGUUUAGCAAAAAACCCAGGUAGAGGUAGCACAUGUGAGACGACAGGGAGAAAAAACAGUGGUGUGGUCUCCAAAAGUGUUAAAACAAAGUCUGUCAAUAGUCGGGCAGCCAAACGUUUGGACCAAACCAUUUCCAAGGAGGUUGAAAGAAAGUUAGAGGGGAUAACACUGCCCACUGAGGAUGAAGAAAGCUGCAGCCUCAGCACUACCAGGAACACUUCCCUGUCAGAACCAUCUAGAGCUUCUAGAAGUUCCUGCCCUUCACGCACCUCUACCUCCACCUCCACCAGCACCACCACAUCAACACCAUCUGCUAGAGAUGUGAGAGCUGAGGUUGAGCAGGCCAGCAGUAAGAGGAGGAGUAGGCGGACACUUGGAGGGAAGGAGCAAGAGCAGAAGGAGGAAGGGAGUCAGGUUGAUCAACCAAUCACGGCUCCUGUCACGGAGACUAGCCCUCAGAGUCCCUGUGAGAGAACAGACCUCCGCAUGGCAAUAGUAGCUGACCACCUCGGACUCAGCUGGACUGAGCUGGCCAGGGAGCUGGAUUUCUCUGUGGAUGAAAUCAACUUUAUCAGAGUGGAGAACCCCAAUUCCCUGACAGCACAGAGCUUCAUGCUCCUAAAGAAAUGGGUGCACAGGGACGGUAAAAACGCCACAACGGACGCUUUAACUGCGGUGCUGACUAAGAUCAAUCGGUUGGAUAUUGUGACUUUGCUGGAAGGGCCCAUAUUUGACUACGGUAACAUUUCAGGCACACGCUGCUUUGCCGAUGAUAACGCAGUAUUCCCGGAUCAGUCCGAUGGAUACCACAAUAUAGAUCUGGAGCUGCAAACCCCCUCAGACCUGAACUACCAGCCCCCCACCCCUCUUCGCUCAGACGACUUCUUUAGCGAGGGUGAUGCUAGCACAGAGUCCCCUAGCAAGACCCAGCUCACUAGACCUAGCGACCUCUCUCUCACUCAGACCACCAGUACCUCCAGCAGCGACCCACUCACAGUCGCCCCGGGCCCCACAUCCAAUGCCACGCAGCCCCCCAUAGUCGGGGCUGAAGACACCACCUUGACCGCCGGAGAAAGGGAGAAGGAAGAAAAGACAGGGCCGGUUUAUUACGAAAGGCCGGAGAAUGAUAGAAGGGCAGUAGAGCAAUCAGUAAAGGGAUCAGACCAGCAUGCUGAGGACUUAGAGGAGGAACUAAAGGCAGGGCAAGGCGUGGUUCUGGAGUGUCAGGGAGAGGAGGCCGCCCCAGAGCCUGCUCAGGGAAAUGGGAGGCAUGAAGAAGUAGAAGAAGAAGAGGAGGAGAUGACCUCGGAGAGGCUGCAGAGUCUGCUGGACGACAUAAAGCAGGAGGGAGGCUUGGAGGACGAGGAGAUGACAGAGGAGAGGAUUAAUGAGAUCCUCGAACAACUUCAGCAAGGAGACAAAGACGUGUGUUCAGUUCCAGGCUGGAAAGGCGAGACGUCCGGCGCAACCGUAGAGUCUGCAGCCCCUGGCUCCAGCCCCGGCACCGAGGAGGGCAGCCCCGACAGUCUGGCUGAUUCCUUGGAGCAGCCGCCGACUCGGACCGACAAACAGAACGGAGGUCACAUUGACACCGCCAGGGAAGGAAAGGAAAAGGAGGCCAAGAAGAAGGGAUCUCAGGAGGACAGCAGCACAGCGGGACCAAGCAAAGGACGGGAGGAGGGAGGUGAAAGGUCCCAGCACAAAGUCCAGGGAGAGGAGGCCAAAAACAUUCCUGGGGAGUCUGUGACGGAGGAGCAGUUCACAGACGAAGACGGGAAUCUGGUCACCAGAAAAGUGAUCAGAAAGGUGGUGCGCCGUGUGUACAACACGGAGGAGAGGAGGGAGAGUGAAAGCGAUACUCUAACAGAAGAAGGAGCUGGUGGUGCUGCUGGUGGUGGUGCUGAUGGUGAUGGUGGUGUAGCAGCAGCAGGUGGAGCAGAAGCUGCUUCUUCUCCAGCAGGAGCCACAGCAGGGGGGAAGGGCAAGAAAAGGGGGAAGCGCUCUCGACAGGGCAACAAGGCUGCAGGGAAAACUGAGCCUGGAGACAGCAAGAAACAAGGGAAGAAGAGUCAGUCGUAACAGUAGAGCUCUCAGCUAAACCAGGUCCACUGACGUCCACCUGCAGCACCACACUCACACCCUGGGAGGAAAAACAGGACUGGAAGCCUCGUCGAUCGGCCGAAAAAGUGUCUGAAGCUUUCACUUUACAACGCAUGGUUUCUCAGCAAGACGACGCAAAACAACUUUACUUUUCUUUGAUUUCGCAUGAGCAUGUCACCAAAACUCACUCACUGUUGGAACAACAACACCGAAUAACGGGACACGCAUUGACGUGAGCUGGAGCUUUCUUAAAGAGGCGUCCGUGACCAAAGACGGCACAACAAACUGACAGAUACCAGGAAAGACGUGAGACUCACUCUCUCCCAGACACUCGCCUUAUAUGGUCUAUUUUUUCCUCCUGGACCCGCAGUAUCGGGGUGAAACCAUGUGGUUCUUUUUUAAAAAAUGAAAUAUAAUAGUACAUGGGUGAUUCUUUUUGUUGUAUAUAAAUGACACUGUAUAAAAAUCUACAAAAAACAACAAACCAACCAGGAAUCAGUAGCUUCACAGAUUGUUUAUGCACUGAUUUGAGUUGAAGCUUUGCAUUUGUAUUGAGAGGUCGACACUGUCUGAGCAGCCUUGAGUGUGCGACCCGACAUGCUCUUCCCAAAUGAAUAUAAAAAGGAACGAAAAAACUAAAUAUGUAAAUGAGAAAUGAAUGAAAAAUAACUGCUUGAUUUUAAAACAUUUCUUUAACAGCUACUUCCGCUCCGUCUGUGGAACAUUAUUUGUCUCCAGAGGAAUAAUAUGUUGCUGCAUGUGACGUCACUUUAUUUCUUUCCUUUUUAUUUUCAUCCUAAAUUCAAAAAGCACUGUAAUACAAUUAAAGAGAUUCUGUCUUUGUGAGCACUCAUAAUAACCCAGGCAUCUGUCAUCUAUAACUGUUUUUAUUUUAUUUUAUUUUUUAAUGAAAACGACACACACUCCGGAUAGCGAAGCUACAGGACGGUACUGACAAUUUCCCCGAAUGUAACCUGCAGACCGGCACAUUGUGUUAUCUCCUAACAGCCCUGUGUGUGUGUGUGUGUGUGUGCGCGUGUGUGUGUGUGUGUGUGUGUGUGCAACAUCAAAUACGAGAUGUCUAUCUGUAAGCCCAUCAUGCGAACUAGAAGUGCAAGUUAAAGCUUUUAGGCCUGCUGUGGUUUUUAAAAAGGGGACUUUUAUUUUGAAGGUUUGAUGACUUUUAUUUUGUCUUAACAGGUUGCAUUUACAUGAGAACAGAAACCUUUAUUAAUCACAGUAUUGAUCACACAUUGUUAAAAAAAAACCUGAUCUUCUGUUCCGGUGUAAUUUUAUUUGAUUUCUUUCUUUCUUGUCUGUCUUUUUUUCAUACAAAAACCACCCUAAGCAUCCAUUGUUGAUGAUAAAUCUGGUACCGACAUGUAUGACGAACCAACAUAGCCUACACUGGAUGAUCCAAUAAUUAUUUAAGCAGAAAAAUAAAUUGUGUUUAAACUGAU